AUGCCGUUAGAUCACAUUGGCAUUCACGUCGACGCCAAGCGUCACCCCAUGGUUAAGGAGUGGUACGAGAAAGCUUUAAAACCAGUUGGCUACCAAAAGUUCAGAACAGAAGGCGAAAAUGAGGAGAUAGCCGGUUUUAGUUACAACGCCAAAAAUUGCGAGUGGUGGGUGUUGUCCGCGCCCGAGCCGCCAAACCUGCCCAUGCAUUUUGCAUUUCGUGUUGACAAUAGAGCCCAAGUCGACGAAUUUCACAGAAUUGGCGUUGCUGCCGGUGGGCGAUGCAAUGGACCUCCUGGGUUGAGGCCACACUAUGGUGCGAAUUACUAUGCUGCAUUCGUGUUUGACCCAGUUGGAAAUAAUGUUGAAGUGCUUUGCCUGGAGGCUCGUGAAUAG